AUGGCGAAGACAACCCCUAAGCUGCCUGUGCAGCAGUUCAUGAUACUAGUCGUUUUCACAUCCGUCUUUCCAUACUUACCUGAAAUGGUCCGGACAUUCGGUGUUGUCGAGAAAGAUGUCGCAAAAUGGGUUGGCGUUCUUUCUGCCGUGUUCGCCUUCUGCCAAUGCAUCACCGCCGUUCCCUGGGGGAACCUAUCCGACAGAAUUGGCCGCAAACCCGUCAUACUCACAUGCCUCUCCAUUACAAUGUUUUUUACUAUCAUCUUCGGGGUUUCUAAUUCCCUUCCGAUGGCUAUGUUAGCGCGUGCCUGCCUCGGCUUCAGCAGUGGGAAUGUGGGGAUUAUUAGAACUGUUGUAGCGGAACUUGUGCCGGAGCGUGAACUCCAACCUCGAGCUUUCAGUUUAAUGCCACUAGUAUGGACUAUAGGGAGCAUUUUCGGACCUGCGUUUGGCGGGGCUCUAGUGAACCCAGUAAAGAAAUACCCAGAAAUGUUUCGUGACAGCCAUUUCUUCAAGGCGUAUCCAUUUGCUUUGCCAAAUCUUCUUUCAGCCAUAUUCUUUAUUGUUGGAAUUGUUACAGGAUUCUUAUUUUUGAAGAAUAGCCGGGACUAUGGCCUUGUCCUCGGAGAAAUGCUGACGAGUACUUGUUGCGGAUGUGAGAGAAAACCAAAGAAGCACCAUGGACAAGAGGACAAUGAGUCGACCCCUCUACUUGGUGAAAACCGAACACCAGUACCGGCCGCUGAUAAAGAAGAGAAAAAACCAAAUACCACUGUCAAAUGGUCAGAGGUCUUGACUUUCCAGUCCGUCGUGAUCCUUAGCAUAUACGCCUCUUUAGGGCUUCACAGCGUUGCAUUUGACUCUGUGCUGCCUGUAUUUUUGAACCAUCCAAGGCAGGAUCUAGUGAACGACCCUGAUGUAAAGCUUCCCUUUAAGUUCUCCUCUGGUUUUGGGAUAGAUUCACAGGCUAUUGGUAUUCUAUUUACGCUUAACGGGAUAGUAGGGAUGGUUGUUCAAUUUUUUGUUUUCCCCCCCACCGCCAAACGGUUUGGAGUACUACGAUGCUUUAAAGUGACUGCUUUAAUGUUCCCUAUCCUAUAUUUCCUUACGCCGUUCCUCGCCCUGUUCCCGACGGAUGGCGCCCGCCAAUUUGCCACAGUAGUUCUAAUGGCAAUCAAACUGAGUGCCGUGGUCUUUGCAUUUCCAUCAUCAAUUAUCUUACUUACAAAUUCAGCUCCUAGUGUACGUGUUCUUGGGACUUUGAAUGGAGUUGCUACCAGCGUGUCUGCUAUAGGUAGAGCUAUUGGUCCUGCCGCCUUGGGCGAAAUAUUCUCCAUUGGUGUUAAAGCAGGAUAUAUGAUCAUACCUUGGUGGACAUUAGCAUUCAUUGCAGCUAUUAGUGCUCUCCCCGCUUUUUGGAUCAUUGAAACAGAUGGAUUUGUCGAUAACGAUGAGAACGAAAAUAACGAGGGCACAGAUGCUGUGGCCAAUGAUGCUGAACAGAACAGUCCUCCCCUGCUUGAAGUAGGAAAUAUACGACAGGAAAACAUAGCUGCCACAAUCCAGACCAGCAAUUUAGAUGGUAAGACCGCGGAUGGUAAAGCCAUUCCGCCAACAUCCUCCAGUCCCUGA